AUGGUAAAACCUAAAAGAAACGUUUCUUUCUGCAACGAGUUCUUCAAAGUAUACCUUUCAGAUUUCAGUUCCCGCCAACUGAGCUUACCACCUGCUUUUGGUAUACAAUUUAAUGGAAAGAAUGAAACUUUACCAAAGAAUGCUACACUUAAAGAUGGAAAUGCAGAGAUUUGGCAUGUGGGGUUGGUGAAAAAUGAAGGGGACUGGAUUAUUAAAGAUGGGUGGAAAGAAUUUGCUUCUUAUUAUUCUUUAGUUGAUGGUGAUUUCUUGAUUUUUAAGUAUGAUGGGAGUUCUGAAUUUGAAGUUGAAUUGUAUGGUAAAAAUGGAUUGAAGAAUGAACGUAGAGGUUUAAAGAAUAGGACUAGCAUUCAUGUGAAGGAGGAAGAAGAAACAGAAGAAGAGACAGAAGUAGAGUUUAUUGGUAGUGGGCCUAGCAGUGGCUAUAAGCAGAAUGAUUCAAACAUUGAACCUCGAAGAACUCGAUCGCAGGGUUUGUUAGGAAAAAGUGGACCUGCAUCAAGUGAAACUAAGGUAGCAAAACUUGGGGGACACAAGGGGGUUAAAGUACCAUCAUCUGUUCCUGGCAAAGUUCCGCGCUUUGUGAUGAAUAUCACUAGAACAAUGCGAUUUGCUCGUAUUCCCAUGACAUUCAUGAGACAACAUAAUAUUAACGUGCCUAAAGAGAUGAAACUUCGUGAUGAGAGUGGGAAGUUAUGGCCUGUGCAAGUCAGUUUCUGGGACAGCGGCUAUACUGUGCUUACUAGUGGAUUCUCUGAGUUCUGCAGGAUGAACAAGUUGGUACCAAGAGACCAGUGCAUUUUUACAUUUAUCCUUGCAAAAGGCAAUUUUUGCAAUGUAAUACAGGUGCAAGUUGUUCGCCAGGAUCCCAGAACUCAUAAACAUGGUACGACUAUGAAGUUGAAAGCAUGA